CGCUCAUCCCGCGAACGAGUGUCCUCGGUCCUUGGCUAAAUUACACCAUAAUUACCAGUGAACAGGCCGGACUGCGCUUACUAAACUAGCGGUUCGCUAUUGCCCUCAGUGCGAGACGGCGGAAUUUAAGAAACGCGUUGCAUUUCGGGCACAAGUCUCUGAUCUAUCAUGUUGAGGAUUAAUUUUUGAGGUACUACGAUCUGAAGAUCAUUUUUUUCAGUGUGUGGUGACGCGCUGGGGCGAACGAUCUUGAACAUUUUCUGUGAUCGUUUCGCUCGCUGUCGGAACGACAGAAGGGAGAAUGCGUGAGUAACGGAUUUCUGCGGUGGGAUCUCAAGCUCCUCACAACGGAGCCCCUGCGCUGUAGGAUACAAGACCCCCUUCCUUCACCCACACUGACCUCAUUUCAACAGGUGUGAAGAUGAGGAAGUUUGCAUACUGUAAGGUGGUUCUGGCCACGUCUCUGGUGUGGGUGAUGCUAGACAUGUUCAUCCUGCUCUACUUCAGCGAGUGCAACAAAUGUGACGAAAAAAAAGAGAGAGGACUGCCGGGAAGAGACCCUGUGGUUCAAAGGCAUCAUGAUGGCCCAGGGGAGAUGGGAAAGCCAGUGGUCAUUUCUAAAGACCACCAGGAGAAGAUGAAGGAAAUGUUUAAGAUAAACCAGUUUAACCUGAUGGCCAGUGAGAUGAUCGCUCUCAACCGAUCUUUACCGGAUGUCCGGCUUGAGGGGUGUAAGACGAAGUUGUAUCCGGAUGAUCUCCCACGCACCAGUGUAGUCAUUGUAUUCCAUAACGAAGCAUGGACCACCCUGCUCCGAACAGUCCACAGCGUCAUAGACCGGUCACCAAGACAUCUGUUGGAGGAAAUCGUGUUGGUGGAUGAUGCCAGCGAGAGAGACUUUCUGAAGCGGCAAUUGGAGCAAUACAUGCGGAAAUUGGAGGUGCCCGUUAGGGUGGUACGGAUGGAGCAGCGUUCUGGUCUGAUUCGUGCACGUUUGAAGGGGGCGGCCCUCUCUACAGGUCAGGUGAUUACCUUCCUGGAUGCCCACUGUGAGUGCACCAUUGGUUGGCUGGAGCCUCUACUCUCUCGCAUCAAACUUGACAAGAAAACAGUAGUGUGUCCCAUCAUUGAUGUGAUCAGCGAUGACACAUUCGAAUACAUGGCGGGGUCCGAUAUGACAUAUGGAGGGUUCAACUGGAAGCUGAACUUCCGCUGGUAUCCUGUUCCACAAAGAGAGAUGGACCGCAGAAAAGGAGACAGAACACUGCCUGUCAGGACCCCCACUAUGGCAGGUGGACUCUUCUCCAUAGACAGAGAUUAUUUUCAGGAGAUUGGUACAUAUGAUGCUGGCAUGGACAUUUGGGGAGGAGAGAACUUGGAGAUCUCCUUCAGGAUCUGGCAGUGUGGGGGAACGCUUGAGAUUGUCACGUGUUCUCACGUCGGACAUGUGUUCCGUAAGGCGACUCCAUACACGUUUCCUGGUGGAACUGGGCAGAUCAUCAACAAGAACAACAGACGUCUGGCAGAGGUCUGGAUGGAUGACUUCAAGAACUUCUUCUACAUCAUCUCACCUGGUGUGACCAAGGUGGAUUAUGGCGACAUAUCAUCCAGAACAGCUCUGAGACAGAACCUACAGUGUAAGCCGUUCUCCUGGUACCUUGAAAAUGUCUAUCCAGACUCCCAGAUACCACGCCACUACUACUCCCUGGGAGAGAUCCGUAAUGUGGAGACCAACCAGUGUCUGGAUAACAUGGCCAGGAAAGAGAACGAAAAAGUGGGCAUUUUCAACUGCCACGGCAUGGGCGGCAACCAGGUUUUCUCAUACACGGCCAAUAAAGAGAUCCGAACUGAUGACCUCUGUUUGGAUGUGUCCAAACUCAACGGCCCUGUUAUGAUGCUCAAGUGCCAUCACUUGAAAGGCAACCAGCUCUGGGAGUAUGACCCAAUGAAAUUAAGCCUGGUACAUGUGAACAGUAAUCAGUGUUUGGAUAAGGCAUCUGAAGAUGACAGUCAGGUGCCCAGCGUCAGGGACUGCACUGGGGCCCGCUCACAGCAGUGGCUUCUCCGCAACGUCACACUGCCUGAGAUAUUCUGAGAUCCACACACAAGCACACGGAUGGACAGAUGGACAAACUCUCACACCUGAGCUGGUAGAGAGGAGAUAAGAGAGAGAGAGACUGUUUUACUCUCAGUCGCUGAUGGUCUGCCUUUAAAUGAUAUAAAUGAACAGAACUGCAGCAUUUGUAUAUGAUCUCCCAUCACUCCACCUUGCUGAGGAACAGAACAAAAGAUGGAGAGAAAAAGAGACUAAUUUGUGGAGAGAGAAACUCUCUUUAAUGCUCUUAUCCUCCUCUUUGAGGAGCAGGGGUCAUUUUGGUUAUGUUUACGAGAACGCCUCCCUUUUAGGGUAUCAGUGUGUAUGUUUGUGUGUGUGCGCUGAGAGUGUGUGAGCCAAAUUGUUUUCCCACAGAGGAGUUUCAACCUAUUAUUAGUUUAAUUUAAUUAUUUUUAAAUGCUUUUAGAAAUGAAGGGUAUUUAGCACAUGAAGGAGAAGCUAUCGUGUGUUUGAGUGCAUGUGUGCAUGGUGUUGUGUCCCAUAUCAGGAUGGAUCUGAGGAUGUGGUCUGCUAUCUGUUUGCCCAAGCUCAGAAGCAGGGGCUUCCCUACUGACCAUUGACAAAUGCUGGCAAUGCCAUGACCCGUCUAUCAAUCUUAGUGUCAGAGAGUGGACUACCUUCAAUCAAUGACUGUAUAGAUCUAUAAUCAAUGAACAGGAUGAUGGGACAUUAAAGGGCAUGGUUCAUAUCGUCAUUGUUCAUGUAAAAAAAAUUACACCAGUGGUGGAAGAUACCUUUCAAGAUUUUUGGAUUUUGGAGUGCCACAUAAAAGCACUUUUCACUUUCUUUUAAAUUUUUUUUUUUUAGGACUUUUGUUAUGUUUGUUGUCUGUUUAUUAAAGGUAUGGUGGUUAUUUAAGGUUAAAGGAAUAGUUCACUAAAAAUUACAAUUAUGUAAUUGUCUUCUUGUCUUUGUGUUGUUCCAAACUUGUAUGACUUGUUUUCUUCCAUGGAACACAAGGAGUUGUUUAUGUUAGCUUCAGUCAUCAUUCACUUUUAUUGUAUAGAAGAAGAAAAAAAGAUUCAGGAAAGAAAGGUUUGGAACAACAUAUGGGUGGGUAAAUGAUGAAAUAAAACAAUUUUGGUUGAACUAUUCCUUUAACACAAUUUCAGGACUGUUCCUGAACUCACCCAGAAUUGUUGACUUCCUCUGGGUUUCAGCCCUUUAGUUGAAAUUAGCUGCAUUAACCAUAACCAUAUGGGUUGAUCAGAAAGAAAUGUAUUGUCUUCUGUCAUAUCAUCCAAAAGACAAGUGUCACUGUGUGCACGUGUAGAGGUAAUGACUGAAUUCAACUCUGUCUAUUAUCUUUCUUGUUUACUUUCACUUUAAAUUGUUACUGAUGUAUUUGUCUGUAGAAGAAUUUAUUUUUUAAAUCAGCAAUUGACACAUUUGGCAUCUGAAAUUGACAGUCGGUGCCCAGUGUCAGGGACUAGGACGCACUGGGAGCUGCUCGCCACAUUUUAACUGAUGUGUAAAAACAUAGCCUGAAGAGAUUUACUCUGUGUAAUGUCUUGCAUUUCUGAUUCAUGCAUUUCAGUCUUCUGCUUUUAUUUUUAAAUGGUCUGUCAUUACAAUUUUGUGAAUCCAGACCCUCCAAUCUCUGCUUUCAUAUCAGAGCUGCUCAGCUGAGAUCGAAGGAGGAUGUUUGAAACAUGAAAGUUAACUCAUCUGUUCUGAUUUUUGUUAUGCAGAAUCAGGAAUCAUGCCCUCAAUAACUCUUGACCCUAUCCAAAUGCUUUAACCAAUCUUACUCAUCAUAUACUCGGCACGUUUUUAUUACUGGAUACAUGAAAUCUGCAGAGAGAGAGAGCCAUAUUACUUUCACAUAUCCAGCUGUAUAAUAAUUCUAAAUAAAUUUAAUGAUUCUGAAAAAGAUUCUAAAACAAUUCUAAAUACUUAAUAACAUUUUCAGUUGCAUAGAGGGAGAUGAGCUGAGGAAGAUAGCGUCAAGUAUUUGGACAGGGCCCAAGGACCCUUUGUAGACAUGUCAGUAUGAACAAGUGUGUGUUUAUAUCUGUCAAAGGGAUGUCUUUCAUUCUUUCUUUUUAUUUGUUAGCCUGUUAAGGGUCUGGUCUGCUGAUUUGUGGGUUAGAUUGCCCUGUUUUGAGAUUAUCCACAGGCUGCAGAAAUAAACCACAGAAAGUUUACAGUCUAACUUAUCUUCUGUUAUGUUUGAUGUCUUGUUCAUACUCAUAAU